AUGAGGGAGCAUGGAGGCUCCUGCAGGAAGGUGUUUGCGGGGAAGGCCGGCCGCCUGCGCUGUGGCCCCGAGACCUCUAUGGGAGCUGCUCCCCUGACCUCACACCAGGUUGCUUUUUUCUCUCUGCAGGCCGUGGAGACCAACCUGGCUUCCAAGGACAGCCACUGGGUCUUUGUGAACGAGGAGAUCAGUGACCCUGAGAUCCUGGAUCUGGUCCACAGUGCCCUGGGCAGGAUGACCGUGGUCCGGCAGAUAUUCCCUUCCGCGAAGGACAAUCAGAAGUGCAUGAGGAACAAUCACCGCAUCUCCUCCCUGCUCUGCGACCCCCAGGAAGGCUACCUUCAGAUGCUGCAGAUCUCCAACCUCUACCUGUACGACAGUGUUCUGAUGCUGGCCAACGCCUUCCACAGGAAGCUGGAGGACAGGAAGUGGCACAGUAUGGCGAGUCUUAACUGCAUACGGAAGUCCACCAAGCCAUGGAAUGGAGGGAGGUCCAUGCUGGACACGAUCAAAAAGGGCCACAUCACCGGCCUCACGGGGGUGAUGGAGUUUCGGGAGGACAGCUCGAAUCCCUACAUCCAGUUCGAAAUCCUCGGCACGACCUACAGCGAGACCUUUGGUAAAGACAUGCGCAAGCUGGCAACGUGGGAUUCGGAGAAGGGUCUGAACGGCAGCUUGCAGGAGAGGCCCAUGGGCAGCCGCCUUCAAGGACUGACUCUCAAAGUGGUGACUGUCUUGGAAGAGCCUUUUGUGAUGGUGGCUGAGAACAUCCUUGGGCAGCCCAAGCGCUACAAAGGCUUCUCCAUAGAUGUCCUGGAUGCACUGGCCAAGGCUCUGGGCUUCAAAUACGAGAUUUACCAGGCCCCCGAUGGCAGGUACGGGCACCAGCUCCAUAACACCUCCUGGAACGGGAUGAUCGGGGAGCUCAUCAGCAAGAGGGCAGACGUGGCCAUCUCGGCCAUCACCAUCACCCCCGAGAGGGAGAGCGUCGUGGACUUCAGCAAGCGCUACAUGGACUACUCGGUGGGGAUUCUCAUCAGAAAGCCGGAGGAGAAGAUCAGCAUCUUCUCCCUCUUCGCCCCCUUUGACUUCGCGGUCUGGGCCUGCAUCGCGGCUGCCAUCCCCGUGGUGGGCGUGCUCAUAUUCGUGUUGAACCGAAUACAGGCUAUGAGGGCUCAGAGCGCCGCCCAGCCUCGGCCGUCCGCCUCUGCCACCCUGCACAGUGCCAUCUGGAUCGUGUACGGAGCCUUCGUCCAGCAAGGUGGCGACAGCUCUGUGAACUCCAUGGCCCUGCGCAUCGUGAUGGGCAGCUGGUGGCUCUUCACCCUCAUCGUGUGCUCCUCCUACACCGCCAAUCUUGCUGCCUUCCUCACAGUGUCCCGGAUGGACAACCCCAUCAGGACAUUCCAGGACCUGUCCAAACAAGUGGAGGUGCCUUACGGCACCGUCUGGGAUUCUGCCGUCUAUGAGUACUUCCGCGCCAAGGGCACCAACCCCCUGGAGCAGGACAGCACGUUUGCGGAGCUCUGGAGGACCAUCAGCAAGAACGGGGGAGCUGACAACUGCGUGUCCAGUCCUUCGGAGGGCAUCCAGAAGGCAAAGAAGGGGAACUACGCCUUUCUGUGGGAUGUGGCCGUGGUGGAGUACGCAGCUCUGAGGGACGACGACUGCUCUGUGACUGUCAUUGGCAACAGCAUCAGCAGCAAGGGCUAUGGGAUUGCACUGCAGCAUGGCAGCCCCUACAGGGACCUCUUCUCUCAGAGGAUCCUGGAGCUGCAGGACACCGGGGACCUGGACGUGCUCAAGCAGAAGUGGUGGCCACACACGGGCCGCUGUGACCUCGCCAGCCACUCCAGCGCCCAGACCGACGGCAAGGCCCUCAAGCUGCACAGCUUUGCCGGGGUCUUCUGCAUCCUGGCCAUCGGCCUCCUCCUGGCCUGCCUGGUGGCCGCCCUGGAGUUAUGGUGGAGCAGCAACCUGUGCCACCAGGAGACCCCCAAAGAGGACAAAGAGGUGAACCUGGAGCAAGUACACCGGCGCAUCAACAGCCUCAUGGACGAAGACAUCGCGCAACAGAUCUCGCCCGCGUCCAUCGAGCUCUCGGCCCUGGAGAUGGGGGGCCUGGCGCCCAGCCCGGCCCUGGAGCCCACGCGCGAGUACCAGAACACCCAGCUGACGGUCAGCACCUUCCUGCCGGAGCAGAGCGGCCACGGCGCCGGCCGGACACUCUCGGCAGGGCCCAGCAGCAGCCUGCCCCUGCCGCUGAGCAGCGCGGCCACCAUGCCCCCCAUCCAGUGCAAACACCGGUCGCCCAACGGGGGGCUGUUCCGGCAGAGCCCGGUGAAGACCCCCAUCCCCAUGUCCUUCCAGCCCGUGCCUGGGGGGGUCCUCCCGGAGGCCCUGGACACCUCCCACGGCACCUCCAUCUGACCGCACCGCCUGCCGCCGCCCGCCCGCCCGCCCACCCGACCAGCAGAGCUUUUUAAUACGAGAAACCACAAGACCACACACGCACACAUGCACACACACGCACACAGACUCACACACACACAGAGACUCUUUCAUGUUUCUUGUACAUACGUGUAAAUAAUGACAGAAUGGAGUGGGGUAAAAGUGUAUUUUGAAUAUUCCCAAUUUUCGAAGUCAGUAAAAAAACCACAAAAACUGUAUGAGCGACUUUGUAAAUUUUGUUCUAUAUGAAUAAAAAGGCAAAUUACUUGUGAUCA